AUGGUUCAUUUAGGUCCAAAGAAACCACAAGCUAGAAAGGGUUCCAUGGCUGAUGUGCCUAAGGAAUUAAUGGAUGAAAUCAGCGAACUGGAAAAAAUGUUCACCGCCGACUCUGAAACCUUGAGAAAGGUGGUCAAGCACUUUAUCAAUGAAUUGAACAAGGGUUUGACCAAGAAGGGUGGUAACAUUCCAAUGAUUCCAGGUUGGGUCAUGGAAUUCCCAACUGGUAAAGAGUCCGGUGACUACUUGGCCAUUGACUUGGGUGGUACAAACUUGAGAGUCGUCUUGGUCAAGUUGAGUGGUAAGCACACUUUUGACACUACUCAAUCCAAGUAUAAGCUACCACACGACAUGAGAACCACACAGCACCAAGAAGAACUAUGGUCCUUCAUUGCCGACUGUUUGAGAGACUUCAUGGUCGAACAAGAGCUGCUGAACACCAAGGAAACCUUGCCAUUAGGUUUCACAUUCUCAUACCCAGCUUCCCAAAAUAAAAUCAACGAAGGUAUUUUGCAAAGAUGGACCAAGGGUUUCGACAUUCCAAACGUCGAAGGCCACGAUGUUGUCCCAUUGCUACAAAACGAAAUCUCCAAGAGAGAGCUUCCAAUCGAGAUUGUCGCUUUGAUUAACGACACUGUCGGUACUUUGGUUGCCUCAUACUACACUGAUCCAGAGACCAAGAUGGGUGUGAUUUUCGGUACAGGUGUCAACGGUGCCUUUUACGAUGUUGUUUCCGACAUUGAAAAAUUGGAAGGUAAACUAGCAGACGAUAUUCCAAAGGACUCCCCAAUGGCCAUCAACUGUGAAUACGGUUCCUUUGACAACGAACAUUUGGUCUUGCCAAGAACCAAGUACGAUGUUGAUGUCGACGAACAAUCUCCAAGACCGGGCCAACAAGCGUUUGAAAAAAUGACUUCUGGUUACUACUUGGGUGAAUUGCUGCGUAUGGUGUUGAUCGACUUGAACAAGAAGGGCUUGAUGUUGAAGGGCCAAGAUCUAACCAAGUUGAGCAAGCCAUACAUCAUGGACACUUCGUACCCAGCAAGAAUCGAAGAGGAUCCAUUUGAAAACUUGGAAGACACCGACGACAUUUUCCAAAAGGACUUUGGUAUCAAGACAUCCUUGCCCGAACGUAAGCUGAUCAGAAGACUUUGUGAGUUGAUCGGUACCAGAGCCGCCAGACUUGCUGUCUGUGGUAUCGGUGCCAUUUGCCAAAAGAGAGGCUACAAGACAGGCCACAUUGCCGCCGACGGUUCCGUUUACAACUUGUAUCCAGGUUUCAAAGCCGCUGCCGCCAAGGGUCUAAGAGACAUCUACGGAUGGACCGGUGAUGCCACCAACGAUCCAAUCAAGAUUGUCCCAGCUGAAGAUGGUUCCGGUGCCGGUGCUGCUGUUAUUGCUGCUUUAUCCGAAAGAAGAAUUGCCGAAGGUAAGUCUCUUGGUGUCAUCGGUGCUUAA